AUGCCAUAUAAAAUGUGCUUGUUGCUGCUCAUCUUUCUUUGUUUGGUGGCUGAUGUUGUCCCUGCAACCGUUGAAUGGAGAAGGGCUGCCAAAUUUUCAAAGGGCGAUGGGCAUGAUAUUCAUGUAGUUGCCCACAACCACCACCACAGGCCAAAGUUCGCUCCCGGUGCUUGGAAGCAUGCUCAUGCCACAUUCUAUGAAGGGGGCUCUGGAACCUUUGGGGGAGCUUGUGGAUACGAGGACGUGGUAAAAGAAGGAUAUGGCCUAGAAACAACCGCAUUGAGCGAGGCAUUGUUCAACAAAGGGCAGGGAUGCGGGUCAUGCUACGAGAUCAAAUGUGUGGACGACCCUAAGUGGUGCAAGCCAGGGCAGCCAACUCUCAUGGUCACCGGUACCAACAAUUGCCCGCCAAACUGGAACCAAGCAAGUGACAAUGGAGGAUGGUGCAAUCCUCCGCGCGAGCAUUUUGACAUAGCCAAGCCUGCCUUCGCCACAAUUGCCGAGUACAAGGCUGGCAUUGUUCCUAUCAUGUACCGCAGGGUUCCAUGCCUGAGGAAAGGAGGUAUAAAGUUCACAAUAACUGGGAACCCAUAUUUCAACCAAGUGCUGGUGUGGAAUGUGGGAGGAGCUGGGGAAGUGACGAGCUUGCAAGUGAAGGGCAACAAGAACCUCAAAUGGACAGCAAUGAAGCGGCUGUGGGGUCAGAAGUGGGAGACCGACGCCAAGAUGGUCGGUGAGUCGUUGACCUUCCGAGUCAGAGGGAGCGAUGGAAGAUACUCAACGUCAUGGCAUGUUGCCCCCAACAAUUGGCAGUUUGGGCAGACCUUCGAAGGCAAGAAUUUCAAGUAG